GGAGAAAGUGGAUAAAACAAACAUUUCACCGCACACCGCAAAACAUUCGCGAGUGAACCACAGUACCGGGAACAUCGGAACGAUCCUCGCGUCCAGACCACGAUCGCCGAAGAAGCGCCCGCAAAAGAAGUAACAAAGCUGAAAUUAUCUAUCGCUGACGUGCGUCAUCGCUUCGCGCAAAAACAACAGUCCAACGGUACCGACAUAACAGAGCGAAACCGUCCCCAACCGGUACUACAGGUCGCGGCAAAGAACGCGUUCUGCUUUACACGCUGUCUGCUCGCCCCGCUCGAACCGUUGGCCAUUUUCAUUCUCAUCUUCCAGCGCUCCCAAGCAAGCGAUGGCGAUCGUCACCGUCCGUUCGUUGACUUUGCUGAUGCUGCAGGCGGUCUUCCUGCAGGCGGUUCUCUCCCAAGACAUACCGUACUAUAUGCACCGAUGCGAAAGGGAUGCGGCAGAUGUGAACGAUUGUCUGCGGUACGCUGCCAACAAGCUGGCGGGUUACAUACGUCGUGGCAUCCCGGAGAUUGGUAUCGUUGAUGUGGAGCCAGUGGUGGUGGAUGAGAUCAGCAUCGCGCUCGGCAGCGGUCCGGACGGUUACCGUGCCAGCUUCCGUAAUAUCGAGGCGUACGGCGUGAGCAACCUGUCGAUCGUGAACGUGCGCUCCGACAUCGAUUCGAUGCAGUUUCAGAUGACGAUCGAGAUUCCGAAAAUCAAAGCCACGGCCCAAUACCAAUCGUCCGGUGUGUUGCUACUGAUCCAGGCAUCCGGUGCCGGUGAAUACUGGGGAGAGUAUGAGGGCGUUAAGGCAAAGACCUACUUUAAGGCGACCCCGUACCAGGGUGACGAUGGACAGACGUACCUAACGGUCGACCAGACCAAGAUGGACUUUAGUGUGAAGGAGAUCAAGAUGGGCGUAGAGAACAUCGCGAACCAGAACGCCAUCAUUCGUGAGUAUGACGGGUUCGUCGUCGAUGCGAUCGAUCAAGUCAUUCGUUUUUUGUUGCUUUCUCCUGUCUGUUUGCCAGAUGCCGCAAUGAAUCUGUUCAUCAACACUAAUGCCCAGGAGCUGCUGAAGGAGAUGAAGCCCCAGUUACGGACGAAGCUGACGGAACAUUUACACUCCUUCCUGCAGCAGCUGUUCGAUCGCAUUCCGGUGGAACAGUGGUUGGACUGAGAGCGAGUUUCUGUGUGUGUGUGUGUGCGAGAGAAGCAAUGCUCAUACACCUUUGUGCUAAUAUUUAUUGUAUUUUGUAGUUAUACCAAUCAACACGAACGAAUAAAUUGAAUGUUCCGUGUCGCGAGUGACGCGAUGACUGAGAUUGACCGA